CUGCCCUCCACCAAGACUGAAUACAUUCCCACCGCCACGCCGCCAGUCCCGUCGAUCGACUCCCUCACUCGAUUUUCAACCUUCAGCCGCGCUGGAGCUUCACGCUGCCCAAAAACUCGUAUUAUGAUGGAGAAAGAACCGUCAUCAAUUAGAAAGCGCCUUAAGGUUACAAUGGGGAACCGAUACAUGUACUCACUUGACAGGCUGAGCAGCCUGCCGGAUCCCAUCCUCCACCAUAUUCUCUCCUUUCUCCCCACCAAGAGAUCCGUACAGACCAGCAUCUUAUCAAGGAGAUGGAGGCAUUUGUGGGCACACGUCCCUGAUAUAGAUUUUGAUUGCUAUACUGAUCUAGAAUUAGAUGAUGGCAAGAGCUUCUCGGACAUCAUCUACAGAGUGAUGCUCCAGUACAAAGUGCAGGGCAUGAAUAAUUUCCGCCUCAUUUACAACAAAAAUUGUGGUGGGGGGUAUCAGCUCGAGACUUGCAUUACCACUGCACUUGUACGCAACGUAAAGCAUAUUUAUCUCAGUAUCCAUAAUAUAGAUUGGCUGCCCCGUUGCAUUUUCACCUACGACUCCCUUGUGGAUUUAAAUCUCUUUGAAUGCAGCCCAAUUCCAAUGUUUGUCUUCGUGCGUCUGCCUGCUCUUAAGAAGCUUCAGAUUGUUGAUAUUGGUUAUGAGUCUGUAUGCCUCACUAACUUUCUGUCCGGUUGCCCGGUGCUUGAGGAGUUGAACUUGGUGUCAGAAAACGUGCCUCCGUGUAUUUAUCGUUGCAUAUCUUCACCCACUCUGAUUAAGCUUUACCUUAAUACAACGUUAUGGGAUUCUUCUCACAGAGAGACGACGUAUAGGCUGAAGAUAGAUGCUCCGGCACUCAGAUUCCUCCGGAUAUUUGAUAAUUUAUCCAGAGAUGUCUCAUUCAACUUGAUGCCAUCCUUAACUGAAGCGGAUGUCCAUUUACGCCACGGUUGUACGCCUCGACGGUUUAUGCCUUGUUUGCAAUCUUCCCUACUAUUUUUGGGCAGUCUCUGCAACGUGACGCGCUUGCAAUUGGCAACUGGGUUGAUUAAGGCAAGUGAGCAAGAGUUACAGAUGGUUGGUUAUGUUUUGAGGAAUGGUAAAGUCCUGGAGAGGGUGGAAUUGUGUACUUGCCCUGACUUUAAGCUUAAAACCCCUGAUUAUAUAGAGGACCAAUUUGAGGCUCUCCAGAAGAUUGCAUCAUAUGAGCGGGGAUCUGACAAAUGCCGGGUUGACUUCAUUUGA